UUGCCCUAUCUGAAGGACCAAGGGCACAUUAAAUUAUAUGAUAUCUGAUAAUCAGCGGUCGGUCGUCAGUCGGUCGACUCGUUUUUUCGCUCUUAUCAUUAGUAAAAUUUUCAUCCUGUGCUCGUGACAUUUUAUAUGGUAAAAAGAUCCUGAAGAAACGUAAUUGAUUUAACUAACGCCGGUAAAAUGGCUGUUUGGAGUUCACUGAAGCUAGGAUCGGCGAUCACCAAAUGUUUGAGUUCGAAGAAAACCGACGUACUAAAAUCAUCUGCUCUUGUACCGAUUCGUAACAUGAGUGGUCAUCAUCUGAUGAGUGUUAAAGAAACUCGCUGGCAAUGGACAAAGUUCAAGGAUUUAAUUCAUUAUUAUGUUUUGGUUGGCGUUAUUCCUUUAACAUUAUUUGUCACUGGUGUUAAUGUUUUUAUUGGACCAGCUAAAUUGGCUCCAAUUCCUGAAGGCUAUAGACCUGCUCAUUGGGAAUACUAUCAGCAUCCAAUUACUCGGUGGAUGGCACGUUAUAUUUAUCCCAGUCCACAACAGCAGUAUGAAAAGUAUCUACAUACAUUAUAUGAAGAAGAUGAAAAAUUUAAAGUCAGAAUGGUAGCUAACAAAAUUAAUGAUAUGAUGAAAGAACGAUCAGACUACAAAUCAUUUUAUUAUAGACCUAUCUCUGCUAACCAUCACAGAAUUAGUAAAGAAGGAAUGGAUCGUGAAGAAUCUGAAGGUCUUAACUAGUUAUGCAUUAUUGAAUAAUUAAAUUAGAAAUUGUUAAUUUUAUAGUAGGUACUAAAAACAUUAUAAACAUACAUUCAGAUACCGAUUAUAUAUAAUACGUUUUAAAAAUCCAUAUAGAAUAUUGUAUUUUAUAUCAUAAUAAAUAUAUGUUCAAAGAUAAAUAAAAAUUGUCUGACCUGUUUUGGUCUGACUAAUGUUGUACAUUCUGUAA